UCUCAGGCUUGUGCCGCAGAUCGCACCCGUUUCAAAGAGGAACCAUACACUAGCCCACCAACCACCUGUCAUUACCAUGCCCCCCAGGAAAGCGAGCGCUAGCAGCAAGGACCGGCUUCACGCCGAGGAGGAGGACGAGAUGGAGGAUGAAGAGGAAGAGGAUGUGCAACUGGGCGGUGCCAACGCCGAGGACAGCGAACCAGAGGACCUCGGCGUCACCGGCCUGCGACUGCUCACUACCAUCGACGUCGUCGUCAAACAGAGCGCGGUCAACGCCGCCAAGGGCAUGGAGAAGGAUCGACUCAACGUAUAUGUCAGGGAGCUAUGCCGAUUGGCACUAUUCUGUGAAUACAAGAGGAUCCCGUUGAAGCGUGAGGACAUCACCAAGAAAGCCUUUGGAAGCGAUAGGGCGGCGACGCGUGCAUUCCCGUACAUUUUCCGCAAAGCUCAAAAGCACCUGCGCAAGACAUUCGCGUUCGAGAUGGUCGAGAUCCGCGCGCGCGGCACCGAGAGCGAGGCCCUCGCGCGCCAGAGGAGGGUGUUUGAGAAAGCUGCAGAGGACAGCAGGGGCCAGAAGGCCAAGACGAACACGCAGACGACGCUAGAGGAAGGUAGGGAGAUAACCAAUCUUUCCGGAAAGAUGUGGAUGGUCCGCAGCGUGCUUCCACUGGAGCUGCGCACAGCCAUGACCACCGCGACGAACCGACUCGCCUCAGCGGCAGCCAAUGCGGAUGGCGUGAAAGCGCUCCAGGGGAUGCGUGCCGGUGACGAUGCGGGCAUUAUGCUCGAUUGGCGCCGCGGAGAUGGGCAGCAGGGUAGCAUGGGCCUGCUCUUCUUUGUGCUCGGCCUCAUUCUUGUUUCGGGACGUCAACUGAGCGAUCAAAAAUUACGUUCCUAUUUGAACCGCCUCUCGCUCUCCGAGGCGACCAUUCUGCCGCGCAUGUUGCGCCCGGACGACACGCCUGCGCACGAUGACUAUGGGCACCAGACGGCGACGGCGCCGCGCAAGCCUGACAGCUCGGCGCACACCGUCGGCGAGUGGCUCGACCUGAUGAUCAAGCAACAGUACCUAGAGACGCUGGGGACGGGGUCCGGCACCGCGAUGCAGGUGAUCAGCACCAGCACGAGUGCGUCGGUGGCGCGCAAGCGCGCGGCUGGCAACGUCAAUCGCAGCCGCGCGGCCGCGAACCAGGAGACGUUUGAAUGGAAGUGGGGCGGCCGGGCAGAGGUUGAGAUCGGUGAGGAGGCCGUCGCGCACUUUAUGGUCGACAUCAUGGCUGCCGAUUCGCUUGCUGCUGCGGACCAUGACGCGGUAAAGAAUGAAGGAGACGAAGACGGAGGCGAAGACGGAGGCGAAGACGGUGACGAGCAGCCCAAGCGCGCGGGGAGCAAGCAGCAGCAGCAGCAGCAAUCGCAGCAGAGGGGUCCUUCACAGGCCCAGCUCAAGAGGGAAGCAAAGCAGCGAGAGUACAUCAUGAAGAAUCUCGAGAGGUCCGUCGGUUCGCAGCUCGUCAAUUGAUCGUAUUGCCUUUCAUGUACUACUAUGCGCGUGUGUUAUGUUACGACGGGGAUCUGAUGUGCUUUGUAUGUGAUCGGAAUCGAUGCUUCUGUAUUCCAAUG